AUGAACAAACUCAUCAAUUUCUUUGACCGAAGCGUGAAGUACGUCGAGCCCUUCCUCGUCCUCUUCGCAAUCACUCUCGUGUUGCUGGACGUCUAUACAUUCUUUAAGCAUGUGGUACCAGAUAUACUGCACCACAGCGGCCGAGCCGUUGCUGGUGCCCACGUGGUUUGGUCGAUGUGGCUGCUGUUCAACGUGUUUUGGAACCAGCUGCACUGCACACUGACCAGCCCGGGCAACACCCUGGAGGUGCAAGAGCAGGCGCUUCAGUCGGCCAUGACGUACGACUGGCGGUGGUGUCGUACGUGCAACCGGGGUAAACCCCCCCUGGCCCACCACUGCUCCGUGUGCAACAAAUGCGUGCUGAAAAUGGACCACCACUGCGUAUGGAUGGCCAACUGUGUGGGUUUUUACAACUACCGCUUCUUCGUGUUGUUCUUGUUUUACAUGUGGGUGGGGUCGGCGUACUCCGCUGCGGUGCUGUGGCUGCAUGUGCCCGUCAUGUUGCGGCUGAGCGACCCGACGUGGGAGCAAGCGGGCUUCUUGCCCUUCUUCAUGUUCGUGUUGUCGUGUUCCAUCUGGCUGGCCAUGUGUGUUUUGCUGGGCUGGCACGUGUGGCUGGUGCUGACCGGUCAAGGCACCAUCGACUACCUGGACAAUGCGGACCGGGCGGCGGAGGCCCGGGCGGCGGGGCGGCGGUGGAGCAAUCCGUACCACCUGGGGCUGGCGGCGAACUGGCAGGAGACCUUCGACGUGCGGGGCAGGUGGUGGUGGCUGACGUGGAUGGCGCCCAGCAGGCGGAGAAAGCUAGGGAAUGGAUACAACUUGAAAAAGCAGCAGCAUGGCGGCGCGCCUCCAAGCGGUUUGAUGACUCUUUUGAGACUCUAG